AUGUCAGGACAACAGCAAACGUCGAAUAGUUCGUCGAAGUCUGCUCCAUCCUCAUCAACUGAUCGAUCAGCACGCACAAAGCAAUCUCAAACUUCAGCGCGCUCGUCCUCGUCGGCUCAAUCCACAUGCAAACCGAAUGUUUUACUCAAUCGAAAUGUUAAUCCUAAGAUCUUACCUCCAGGUGAAAGAUGUCUUAUCACAAUGGUGUAUAUCGGACCCGAGCUAGCUGUUGAAUAUGAUCGUGAAUGGUUCGAACCUGACGGUGAUGAGAUCAUUGUCAUGCAACAACAUUGCGGAGGAGGAAAUCUUGUUGCUUUCAAAGGUUUUCUUAACCACAAUGAGACGUUUGAAUUCGAAUCAGCACGACGUACAGACUAUCCAUUGGCAUUGACAUUUUUCAUCAAUGGAACUGUGUAUAAUCGCUUGUCAGUUUGUUGUGAAUCGAGAUGUCACGGUUCGAUGCGAAUUGGAGGUAAACACGGAAUGUUUGGUAUUAGUAAAAUUGAAAAACAAAAACCAUGUCGACGAUGCCGAUAUGAGCAACGCAUGAAAAUGUUAUUGGAACAAGAAGAGCGAUCGUCGAAAUCUACGAGAAGAUCAGCUCCUCCUACUAGCACAGCAAAACCAAAAUCCAAUACUGACUCUAAAGCACAUAAAAAGUCUCCUGUAACUGCAACAACAGAUGGUCAUGAUUCAGAUUCGACUAGUUCAGCAGAUAGUACACCGAGAAUAGCAAGUCCAAACUCGAAGAUUUCUGAUAAAUCGAAGUCUAAAUUCAAUGGAACUUCUGCACCUCGUACGGAUUCCAACACAACUAAAACUGACACACCAAUCACAUAUCAUGACGAUUUCGAUGCGCCCGUUGAAGACUCGACUGAUCCUCGAUCAACGAUUCAUCCAAAAAAAAGUGAUAUUUCUGGACCAAAUUCAGAUUCCGAUGAAUCCAACACAUCCAAUCGUAGUCCAGUCAUCACUCAUCAACCUAGAAACUUUAGGGAUACAAAUCGUACACCAGCACCAGAUGAUGAUGAUUCCGAUACGACAAUUCAAGAGAUGAGUCAUCUAAGAGUAGAAAACCAAAAACCACAGAAUGGAAUCUCAACAGAUUCCGAUGAAUUCGAUGUAUCGAAUCACGAGCCAUCGCAUCAUCGAACACCAAGUCCAGAAGUAACAGGACGUCCGCGAUCACGAUCACCAUCACCACUAAGAGAACCAACGUCCAAUCAUCAAUCGAGCAACUCUUAUAGCACAAUUUCUUCACUCGUUCAAAAACCCAGACGCAGCAACUCGCCAGUGCCCUUAUUUUCUCACGACAAUUCACAUCGCACGACAGUUUCUUCGACCGCAGCAGACAUUACUCAUCAUAAAGCUGAUGGUCAAACCUCUUCAUCAAUGAAUCGUGUACAACGGCGCAACGAUGCCUCCGAUGAAGAUAACAAUGACGAUUUCCAUUUCAAACUAUUUCGUAUACGAUCAUAUCGAUCAGUUCGAGAUCAUUCAUCAAUAAUCACUACGAAAAAUCAAGGAUGGAUCUCCUCAUUGCUCCAUACUCACUCGCAUUCGUAUAUUCAGCUAUGGCAGAAUGAAAUUGGCAAAAUCGAAAAACGAAUUGAUGUCCAAAAUAACAGUGCAACAUCUUUACCGUUAGAUUACGAUUAUAUUCAAGAUAUAAAAGACGAUAGGCCAUUGUCCUAUCCGUGCUCAGGUCGGGAAUGUUCGAAUACAUCGGUGACUGAUGCAGAAAGUGCUAUGGAAUAUUGUAUUCUAACGAAUAUCUAUUACGAUUCGAAUCUUGAUCACUACUACUUCGAUCAAAAUCGAUCAAUCAACUAA